GCAGUGCUCAACAAAACAGAUCUCAACUAUGGACGCUACGGUUUUCACAAUUUUUAUCGAAUUGAGCUGAUGAAGCGACGCGACACAGAUCUUUGGAUUUUGUUCACCAAUUGGGGCCGUAUAGGAUCAGGUGUUGGGGAGUUCCAAACUACCCCGUUCAAUAAUAUCGAUGCUGCCCUCAAGGAGUUCAAAUCUGUUUGGCGAUCGAAAACGGGCCAAGACUGGGGGCCAUUCGAGCACUUCCAGACUUUACCCAAGAAAUAUAAGCUUGUUGAGACAAAGAAGAGAGUUAGCAAUUUAUCCGAAAUUGAUAUCCCUUGCGUGGAGAAAAAAGAAGAAGAUAUGGUCCGCAGAACCAUUCAAGAUCUCAGCAAUCUUGAAAGAUUGAAGGACUACGCUAGACAGAUUAACUGGGACGCUUCUUGUCCUUUUGGUCACAUAACUGAAGCGGCAAUUGAGCGUGCUCGCGGUAUUCUCAAGCAAUGUGAGCUGACCGUUAAAGAACUUGAAGCAACACUUGCAAAGGAAACCCAUACUGACGCUGAUGUGCUUAAGAUCUUCGAAAAGAGUGUAAGUUUGAGCUCGCGUUCAGUUUCACCAUUCAUGCCGUUUUCCCUCUCCACCAAAUCUCAUCAGUUCUUGUAUAAGAAGAGAGGUGCUUUUGAUGCCAUUGUUACAUGA